GAAAUGGCUGAGGGAAAUCAAAGCACAGAGAUUGCUGAAUUCAUUUUUGUGGGAUUAACAGACGACCCUACACUACAGUUCAUUCUCUUUAUGUUAUUCCUCACCAUCUAUAUCAUCAGCCUGAUGGGGAAUUUUGCAAUGAUUAUAUUAAUCAGGGCCAGUUCCCAGCUCCACACCCCAAUGUACUUCUUCCUCAGCAAUCUAUCUUUCUUGGAUAUCUGUUAUUCUUCAGUGGUUGCCCCCCAGACACUGACCAACUCCAUUGCAGAUAAAAAAUCAAUUUCUCUGGCUGGCUGUGCAGCACAAAUGUACUUUUUCAUAGCAUUGGGGACCACAGAGUGUUGUCUGCUGGCUGUGAUGGCAUAUGACCGAUACGUAGCUAUCUGUAACCCAUUGUUGUAUCCAGUUCUCAUGUCCCCUAAAGUUUGUAUCCCUUUGGUGGUUGGGUCUUAUGUACUUGGGCUAUUCCAUUCUCUUAUUCACACAAUCUUCACAUUUAGGUUGUCCUUCUGUGAGUCCAAUGAGAUCAAUCAUUUUUAUUGUGACAUCACACCACUGUUAUCCAUCUCCUGUUCGAACACACAUGUCAGCGAAGUUCUUUUAUUCAGCCUUGUUGGAGCCAUUGAAAUAAUCACCCUUCUGACUAUUGUGAUUUCCUACACCUACAUCCUUGCCACCAUCCUGAGAAUCCACUCAGCCCAUGGAAGACACAAAGCCUUUUCCACCUGUGCUUCCCAUUUUUCGGGAGUCACCAUUUAUCAUGGAACAAUCCUAUUCAUGUAUUUGCGACCCACCUCUAGCUACUCCUUGGAUACUGACAAAAUCCUUGCUGUGUUCUAUACAUUGGUGAUCCCUUUGCUGAACCCUCUGAUAUACAGUCUGAGAAACAAAGAUGUGAAGGAUGCUUUAAGAGACUUCCUUAAAAAGAAGCUCUCCAAACGUUUCCUCACUAGUAUGAUUGCUAAUGUUCUGAAGAAGCAAUAA